UUAAAAUUAAAUCUGAUUGGUAAUAAAUAAAAAUGUGGAUGUGCAAUGUCGAAUAAAUUUGAAUCGCCCUAUACAAACAGCUCAAUUUGCAUUGGAACUACUGUGUAACGUUUGAACUAUUCGGUCACGUGAACAUAACCUACAUUUCUCUUCUGCACGUUGAUCUGUUUAUCUUCACACGCGAAUUUCUAAGCGAACAUGUCCUGGCUUUUUGGAUACGGUAAAAAUAAUCAGCAACCGCCGGAUUUAUCGCAGCUAGGUCUCGCGGUUCCACCGGCAAGUAGCGAUGGAGGUGGCGGUGCUCCCGAUGAACCCAAGUUGUCCAAAAGUGAAAGAAAGGCAAUGGAAGCUUACAGAUUCGACUCCUCCGCUUUGGAACGUGCCGCACAAGCAGCUAAAGAACUCGAAAGGUCAAAACACGCAAAGGAGGCAUUGGAAUUGUCCAAGCUGCAAGAAGUAACACGACAAGCCGAGUAUCAAACCAAAAUUAAGGAAUAUGAGGCAGGUAUUGCGCAAAUGCAGGUUGAGGCGAAACGUACGGAAGGAGAAGAGAAACGUAAGAAUAUGCAGGAGGAGACCCGUCAACAUCAGCAACGCGCACAGUAUCAAGAUCAGUUGUCUAGGAAACGAUAUGACGACCAACUCCUACAGCAGCAGCGUAUUAACGAAGAAAACUUGCGAAGGCAAGAGGAAUCGGUGGCCAAACAGGAAGCGAUGAGAAAGGCGACAAUUGAGCACGAAAUGGAAUUACGCAGUCAAAAUGAAAUGAAAAGAAUAGAAGCCGAGCUUAAAGCCAAGGCCAAGGUUGACCGUGAGAACCGCGAUUUAAUAUUGGAGCAAAUUAAAUUAAAAGCCGCCGAAAAUCGUGUUACCGUGUUAGAAAGUAUAAAAACUGCCGGUUCUGUGCUUGGUUCGGGUGCACAUGCACUUCUAACAGAUUGGGACAAAGUUGUCGCCGCAGCUGCUGGUAUGUCAUUACUUGCCUUAGGUGUCUACACUGCGAAAGGUGCUACUGGUGUAACUGCUCGCUAUGUCGAAGCAAGAUUAGGUAAGCCAUCUCUUGUCAGAGAAACGUCGCGGUUUUCAUUUCUGGAAACACUGAAACAUCCAAUUAGUUCACUUAAAAAACUUCGUCAACAACCCGGUGAUGCUCUCUCAGGCGUUGUACUAGCACCACAGCUUGAAGAACGACUUCGUGAUGUAGCGAUCGCCACCAAAAAUACGAAACAUAAUAAGGGAAUGUACCGUAAUAUACUAAUGCACGGACCUCCUGGAACCGGAAAGACUAUGUUCGCGAGGAAACUGGCCAAACACUCCGGUAUGGAUUACGCGAUUUUGACUGGCGGCGACGUCGCACCAAUGGGCAGGGAUGGCGUGACGGCUAUUCACAAAGUGUUCGAUUGGGCAAACAGUUCUCGAAAAGGCCUCUUAUUAUUUGUGGACGAAGCAGACGCUUUCCUUAGGAAACGUUCAUCCGAAACUAUAUCGGAAGACCUCAGAGCAACUCUCAACGCAUUUUUAUACCGCACCGGCGAUCAAAGUGGUAAAUUUAUGUUAGUUCUAGCAUCGAACACGCCCGAACAAUUCGAUUGGGCCGUUAAUGACAGAUUAGAUGAAAUGGUGGAAUUUAUACUGCCAGGUUUACAGGAACGGGAAAGAUUGUUGAGAUUGUAUUUUGACAAAUUUGUUCUUGAACCCGCGAUUGAAGGAAAACGGCGAUUAAAGGUAGAUAAGUUUGACUAUGGCGAUUUAUGUAUAAAAAUGGCAGGAAUGACCGAGGGUAUGUCCGGAAGAGAAAUAGCCAAACUAGGUGUAGCAUGGCAAGCUGCUGCAUACGCAUCAGAAGAUGGCGUUCUAACCGAGAAAAUGGUGCUUGAUAGAGUUAAUGACGCGAUUACGCAGCAUAAGCAGAAGGUCGAAUGGCAGUCCGAGCAAGAAGAGGCGAAGAGUGGGUACCAUUCAAAAAAAGACACUCCUAUUUUACCAUUGUCGAGUAAAACGGAUAGUUGAUUCAAAACCAGUUAGGCAAUCAUUCCAUCUUGAAACGAAUCAUAUCUUAACGGGAAGUUGUUAUUGACAUUUCCGUUAAUUUAUAUAUUUGUUCAAACUACAUUUGGAGACUGACCAGUGAAAAAUAAUGGGAUCUUGCUUUCAGUACAAAAAUAGAGCACAGCAACACACUUAGUUUUUAUUGAUGCGUUAUUAGUUGUUACUGUUAUAAUGAGCAUCAUGUAAUAUACUUAUGUUUUACGUACUGUAAGACUACAUGUGAUAAAAAAUGAAAAUUAUAUGAAAUUUUCUAUAUCA